AUGUCUCAAUCUAUAAUCUUCAUUGUGUUUCUGUUUUUGUCAAUCAAAUCAAACGCAGACGAGGAUUACGUUUCAAGAGCUGCAGAACUGUACUGCCCUUCAUCAACCUGCAAGAAUGGAACAAUUCACGUUUCAUAUCCGUUCUGGAGGCUAGACGACAGGGACUACACUUCACCAAACCAAACGUGUGGAUAUCCUGGUUUCGGAAUUAACUGUUCCAACCCAGAUCCUAACUACCCUCUUCUUUACCUAUCUAACCACACUUUUCUCGUCAAGAACAUUAACUACACAGAUUCUUUAAUUGUCCUCGUGGACGCUGACGUCACCACGAACAGAGAGUGUCCCAUCACGCACCACAACAUUACUUUCCCCGAAAGAUCGCCGUUGGUUUACAGCACAAGGGACGUGAACCUCACUUUCUACCUCAACUGCACAAAUCAUUUUGCCGAUGCCUAUCCGAUAGACUGUUUAAGUUCGGAGCAUUUCACAUCCUACUUGCAUGUCGGGGCGGUGGCACCCGGCCGGUACCAUUCGGAUUGGUUCCGAAGCUGCGAGGAGGAAGUGGAGACGGCGGUGAUGAAAACAGGGGAAGUUGUGGAUGAUGAAGGGUGGUGGGUUAGGAAUGUGGGCGGAGCUAUGAAUAAUGGGUUCGUGCUUAACUGGCGGAACUUGGAGGAAUGCAGCGCUUGUGAAAGCUCCAAGGGGUUGUGCGGCCAGAACGAAGUUUCCGGCGAGUUCUUGUGCUUUUGCGGCGCCGGAAGCGUCACCCAUGAUUACUGCCGCCUUUCUCAAGGCAAAAAAAAUAAAGUGAGAGUGAAGCUUGGCAUUGGCAUUGGAGGAGCUGCGUUAUGCUUAACAGUAAUUUGCACAAUUUUGUUUGCAUAUCAUCGACGACAGAGACGCUAUCCUUCUGGGAAUGAACUUGACUGUCAGGGCUCAGGGAAUUGCACUGUCUGUAAUGGAGAGAAGGAACCUUGA